UCGGGGGCCUGGUUCUCCUCACUGUGGCUGUAAUGGCGGUUGCUCCAGUAAAAGCCUAUCUGGACCUCAUUUCGCAGCCCUGCAGGGCUCUGCUGAUCUUCCUCAAACACAACCAGAUCCCUCACACGGUGCAGAGCGUGGCUCUGAGGAGAGGAGAGCAGAAGAGCGCAGAGUUCACCCGCCUGAACCCCAUGCAGAAAGUCCCUGUGAUCGAACACAAGGGCUUUGUCCUGACUGAGAGUGACGCUAUAUUAAAAUAUCUGGCGACGGUGUGUAACGUCCCGGAGCACUGGUACCCCCGUGAGCCAAUGCGGAGGGCUCGGGUGGACGAAUACACAGCCUGGCACCACACCAACACACGCCUGCACACCCACAAGGUCUUCCUCUCGGAGAUUAUAAUGUCCAGCAUGUUGGGCCGUCCCGCUGACCCGGCCGAGCUGCAGAAAGCUCUGGAGGAGCUGGAGCAGACUCUGCAGAAGCUGGACGAGAUGUUCCUCAAGAGGCAGGCGUUCCUGUGUGGAGACGACAUCAGCAUUGCUGACCUGCUGGCCGUCUGCGAGAUCAUGCAGCCUCUCGGCGGCGGUCGGGACGUCCUGAAGAACCAUCCGAAUCUCCACAGCUGGAGAUCCAGGGUGCAGGCGGUUCUCGGAGAGCCGUUUAACGAAGCUCACAGCAUCCUGUACCGGCUCAGGGACAAAACCGCAGCAAAGCGAUAACCCAAACAUGCUGGAAUAUAUUUAGAUGGUACACGUUGUCGUUUCCUGUGAGGCGUUGCUCCUGCUGGCAGGACUGUAUUUGGUUGAAAGAAAAAGGCAGUAAGUCUAAGUUUUGGUUGCAUGUUCAUACGCUCAUUGUUGGGCCGUUUCCUGAUGAAUAGCCCCAGGCAGGGUUCUGUGGUUGAGCACAGCCAGAGAUUUAAAGACAAAUUAUAUUUCCUCUCGGAAAUAAGAGCGAUUUUGCUCUCUUGUACGGCUGAAAUCGGGUCAAAAUAAAGCUGCCUUAUGGUUAAAAACGUU